AUGACCACCGCUAAAGCGCGGGGCAAGCUCCCCGAGACCAUCGACCUAACGCAGGCACCUUCUGCGUUCAAGCCUUAUUCUGGUUCCAAGAAGCUUGUUAUCAAGAAUCUGCGGGCGCCCACGAGUCGAGAUACCCAGGUCGCGGAGUACUAUAGACGGACGGAGAAGGAGCUCGAGGAUUCCUUAGAGGCUGUCUUUGCGGGACGGACACCUAAUGUCCCUUUGGAGAGGCUGUACAGGGGUGUCGAGGAUGUCUGUCGAAAGGGGGAUCCCGCAAAGGUGUACCAGAUGCUCAAAGAGAGAAUCGAUGUGCACUUGCAGCGGAUUGUGCUACCCAGAAUCCAGAAGAAUGGUCAUGCUUCGAACCUCGAUACUGUGAAGAGCGUACUAGCGGAAUGGAAGACUUGGAAUACACAAACGAUAUUGAUCAGAUCAACAUUCAGCUACCUCGAUCGAACAUAUUUACUACAGAAGAAUCUUGCAUCUAUAAACGAUAUGGCGAUCCAGCAGUUCAGAAAAAUGGCAUUCCCAUCCCAGAGUCAAGCCUAUAGAAACUCGGUCGGCGUGAAGCUAAUCGCAGGCGUUUGCGAUUUGGUUGAGCAUGAUCGAAGAGGCGUCGACCAAAUCGAACCUGCAUUACUGAAAGAUUCCAUCAUGAUGCUUUAUGUUUUGGAGGUCUAUGUCAAGCACUUUGAGCCCUACUUCUUAGAGCAGUCUGAGAGAUACUUGAAAGAAUUUGGCGAAGCCUGGAGCACGUCAAGUCUCAAGGACUACAUUUUGGUUUGCGAGAAGUUACUGAAAAGGGAAGACUAUCGCUGCAUCCAAUUCAACCUCGAUAGUACGACGGAGAAGCAACUUAUGGACUCUGCGCACGCCCAUCUCAUCACCAACUACUCAGAAAAGCUUCUCAACGGUGGGAACCUGGCGAAGCUCCUGGCUGAUAGAGAAGUUGAGUCAAUGAAGGCUUUGUAUGACUUGCUUCGGUUAUCAGGGAUCCAAAAGAAGAUGAAAGAUCCAUGGGGCGACUACAUUCGAUCAACUGGUUCGGCAAUCAUCAGCGACAAAGACAAGGGUGACCAAAUGGUUUUGCGCUUACUAGAGCUCCGCCGAUCACUCGACCUGAUGAUCCGAGAUGCCUUUAAUAAGGACGAAGACUUCCUUUGGGGCAUGAGGGAUUCUUUUGGGAAGUUCAUGAACGACCGCAAAGCUGCAUCUUGCUGGGACACGGGAACAUCCAAAAUCGGCGAGAUGAUCGCCAAAUAUAUCGACGUGCUUCUGCGAGGUGGCUUGAAGUCACUACCAAAGGAGCUUCUGUCAGAUGUGAAAGAUCGAGCGACAGCUGAGAAGGAAGGUCAAGCCAGCACAGGUGAUGAAGAUGCUGAGCUUGAUAGACAGCUUGACCAGGCGCUCGAGCUGUUCCGCUUCAUCGAGGGCAAGGACGCCUUCGAGGCAUUUUACAAAAAGGACUUGGCUCGAAGACUGCUCAUGGGACGAAGUGCCAGCCAAGACGCUGAGCGCAACAUGCUAACAAAGCUUCGAGGAGAGUGCGGUGCUAACUUUACACAUAAUCUGGAACAGAUGUUCAAGGACCAGGAACUCGGCAAGGAUGAAAUGGAGUCUUUCAAGCAAUGGCGUCAAGGAAGUGCUGAGCGCAAGAAUUCUCUGGACCUUUCCGUCAUGAUUUUGUCCGCUGCUGCGUGGCCAACUUACCCGGAUGUUCGUCUCAACCUGCCAGAUGAGGUUGCCACGCAGAUCGAGAGGUUUGACAAGUAUUACAAGAAUAAGCAUACCGGACGAGCCUUGACGUGGAAGCACUCAUUGGCUCACUGCUCCCUCAAGGGCAUCUUCGCCAAGGGGCCGAAGGAGCUUCUUGUAUCUGCAUACCAGGCUGUGGUUCUGAUGAUGUUCAACAGCGUGCCGGCUGAUGGAUUCUUGGCAUAUGAACAGAUCGCGACGGGAACCGGUCUUUCAGGCGGUGAUCUUGAUCGCACACUUCAGUCGCUCGCUUGCGGCAAAGCGCGAGUGCUUACCAAGCACCCGAAAGGCCGUGAUGUCAAGCCUACUGAUACGUUUACUUUUAACAAAACAUUUACAGACCCCAAGUACAGAGUCAAGAUCAAUCAGAUCCAGCUGAAGGAGACAAAGGAGGAGAACAAGGCUACACAUGAAAGGAUCGCUCAAGACCGACGCUUUGAGACACAGGCUGCCAUCGUUAGAAUAAUGAAAAGUCGUAAGAGCAUGGGUCACAGUGACCUGGUGGCAGAGGUUAUCAACCUGACAAAGAAAAGAGGUAGUGUUGAGCCGGCGGCGAUCAAGAAGGAGAUCGAAAGUCUUAUCGAGAAGGAUUACAUCGAAAGAGAGGGCAACGCCUAUGUGUACCUGGCAUAA